AUUUCUAAUGAAACUAAGGUCUGAAUUUGAAGGCACCAGAUCCAAUCUUAUGAACCGAGAAUCUGUCCCCUCCUUGGAUACAUGCCUAAAUGAUCUUCUUCGCGAGGAACAGCGCCUUCUCACUCAAACCACCAUGGAACAACGACGAUCUACAUCUGUUCCUGUAGCCUAUGCAGCACAAGGCAGGCCACGAAGCAGGGAUAUGAGCACUGUUCAGUGCUUCUGUUGCAAGGGAUUUGGUCAUUAUGCUGCAAACUGUCCCCGAAAAUUCUGCAACUAUUGCAAAAAGGAUGGCCAUAUCAUCAAGGAAUGCCCAACUCGACCCCCCAAGAAAUCGGAGACAGCAUAUACUGUCUCAGUUGGCUCUUCUAGUGCGGGUAGUUUGGUGAAUACAACACAAAGUGCUCCUGCUCCUGCUCCCGUUUCAGUCCAACCCGUGACCCCUGACAUGAUUCAACAAAUGAUCAUUUCUGCAUUUUCAGCUUUAGGACUCUCAGGAUCAACAGUCAGGGCGGAUGAUCGCGAGGGGGCCUAAAGUGGGACGUCUUUUUCCUCUUCAAUUUCCUUUGUCUUCUUUUUCUUUGCCUUUUGUCGCUUGUAAUUCUGCUCAUGUUGAUUACCGAGCGUGGCAUAAACGUC